AAUCAAGAUAGCAUGGCCCUCUCCAAUAUGAGCGCAUUGGCCGAGACAAUGCGAGCUGUGGUCUGGCAAGGCCAGCCAUUCAACAUCUCUGUCCUGGACGUCCCCAAGCCCACCAUCCAGAACUCGACCGACGUGAUCGUUCGCAUGUCCCGGGCCGCCAUCUGCGGAUCUGACCUGCACAUUUAUCGAGGCACCAUGGAACACCAAGUCCUCCCUGUCGGCGUCGGCCACGAGGGGGUGGGAUACAUUGCCGAAGUUGGGUUUGAGGUUAGCUUGUUGAACGUGGGCGAUGCGGUGAUCGUGCCCUUCACCAAUCCGGACGGCCAUCUCGAGACGGCCCUCACACCAGUCCCGUAUGCGGCGUUUGGCAACGGCGGGACUCUGGGCGGCACCCAAGCCGAGUAUCUACGAGUACCGCACGCGGAAGAGGGGCUCAUCCCCAUCUCUGCCGUCAACUACACCGACCCGACCACAAACGAGACCACCUCCCUGCUCAACGACUACGUGAUGCUCUCGGACAUCUUUGCAACGGGCUGGACAGCGCUGGACUUCGCAGGCUUCCAGCCGGGCGACACGGUAGCCAUCUUCGGCGCCGGGCCCGUGGGCCUGAUGGCGGCGUAUUCGGCCACCUUGCGAGGAGCCUCCCGGGUGUACAGCGUGGACUAUGUCCCGGAGCGGCUUCGUCUGGCGGCGUCUAUUGGCGCCAUCCCCAUCAAUUUCCAGACCGCAGACCCCGUGGACCAGAUCUUGGCCCGCGAGCCACGGGGGGUGACCCGGAGCGUCGAUUGCGUCGGAUUCGAGCAGGUCAAUCGCAACCUGACCGUGCAGUCGGACGUCAUCCUGCAGAACAUGCUGGCCGUCACGGCUGUCAACGGGGGCAUGGGCACGGUGGGGGUGUACAGUCACGGCGGGCACGACACCGCCAGCCAACCCCGGGCGUCCACCAUCCAUACCGAUUUCAACCUCUCGCUGGCCGACUUCUGGAGCAGGGGCUUUCAUUGGGGCGCUGGGAUCUCCAGGCCUCUCGAUCUGGCCCCGCAACUGCUUCAUCUGGUCGCCUCGGGCAAGGCCAGGCCCGGGUUCAUCGUGAGUGAUGUCGUCGAUAUCGAGGACGCCCCGGCCGCCUACGCGAGGUUUAAUAACCAUAGCGCGACUAAGGUGGUGAUCGCUUUCGACCAUUAG